GUUCUAUUUACGUUCUCACGCAAAAAGAAGGCGGGCCUCCCAAGAUCAUCCUGUGCCAGCACAACGCUCUCCCAAAGACAAGCACACGCAUACAACGAGCACUUGAUCCACUAGUCGGCCCCUACCCAUGUUUGCAGCACGCCGACAGCCCGAGCAGACCUCCAGGCCCAACAUCCCAAAGCGGAAGCCGCGCGGAAAAGACGACGGGAGUCCCAUUCUGCAACUGGAACGAGUCCUUGGUCUAACAGCCAACAAACCCACCAGCCUCGCCCUCAACCCCCAUCUCGAGUCCGACACGGUCGCCUAUCCCGCGGGCGGGGUCGUCGUCCUCUACAACCACCGCCGCAACCGGCAGGUCGGCUUCCUGCACCACACACCCGAGGCCGAGAAGGGGGCUUCGACACGGCGGGUGGGGCAAUCGGGCGCGAAGCUCGUGGCGUGCUUGACGUAUAGCCCGGACGGGGAGAUUCUGGCGGUUGGCGAGGCCGGACAUAACCCGAAAGUGAUACUGUGGAAAGGGCCGACGGUGGUUGCGGAAUUGGUUGGGCAUAAGUAUGGGAUUGCGGCGUUGGCGUUCUCGCCGGACUCGAGGUUCCUCGUCUCGGUGGGAUAUCAGCAUGAUGGCGCCGUGUACCUGUGGAACUGGCGGACCGGCCAACGACUCGGGUUCAACAGGAUAACCACGAAGGUGCAUUCAGUGGCAUUUGAUCCGCAAGGAGAGUUUUUCGUCACGGCGGGCGUCCGACAUAUGAAGUUUUGGAAUUUGGACGUGGUCAAGCUGACACAGGCGCUCAAGACACCAAAGCUCGUACCGAUGGCAUUAGAGGGCACGUUCGUGUCGACGCCCGGGCAUAAAGUCGGGGCCUUCACCGACGUUGCGUGUGUGACGGGGCCAGAGGGGCUGACGUACACAUAUGCCGUGACGGAGGAAGGGACGUUGAUGUACUUCAAUGCGGAAAAGCAGAUGGAGAAGUGGGUGGAUAUGCGGGUCGCUCAAGGACGUGCACUGCACGUUACGGAGAAGUACAUUGCAUGUGGAGGCACGGAUGGGAUCAUUCGGCUUUUCGACUCUACAAACCUGCAGUACAUAACAACUCUCCCACGACCACACGCUCUUGACGUUGAGCUGCAUACAAGUGCUCCAUCCAUAGCCUCGUCUGGCUGGGCCGACGUCGUAUCGCUGCAGCUUGAUCCUUUAAGCCAGAAGCUAGCGUGUGUCUACAGCGACCGCAGCAUGUACAUCUGGGACAUCACCGAUACGAAGCAGAUUGGGAAAUACAGGAGCUUCUUGUGGCACAGUGAUGCCAUCUGGGGCGUCGAGAUGGCACCGUCGUCGGAUAGCACCUUGCAUCUCCGAGGUUCCGCCCUGGGCCUACCGCCGCAUACCUUCACAACAUACUCAUCCGACGGGACGGUACGCUUCUGGAACCUGGACCUCGCCGCGCGCAAUGGGGAAGCGGAGCCAACGACCGAAGAUGCGACGGCUGUGCAGCGCUACUUUCGGGAGAAUGUGUACUCGAGGGAGUUGAUGCGGGUUUUGUAUGUGGAUAGAGCUGGCAUUAUGAAGUUGAAGGCGUCGACUAUAGAACCGGAUGUCUCGGCGCCAAAGACGGGGAUAAGGUCGUUGCGGAUAACGGCGGAUGGGAAGUUUCUGGCUGCGGGGGAUCGGUUGGGCAAUGUCAGAGUGUACGAGCUUACGACUUUCCAGGAAGUGAAGACACUGGAAGCCCACGAUGCGGAAGUCAUGGCGAUCGAUUUUUGCAUCGAGCGGGAGUCUGGUUCCUUGCUGAUGGCGACGGCAAGCCGGGACCGGUUGCUUCACGUCUUUAGCGGCGAUAUGGAUUUCGAGCUGAUUCAGACGCUGGAUGAUCAUACGUCUUCGAUUACGUGUGUAAGGUUCGCGGAUGGGGGGACUAAGUUGAUUAGUGGGGGCGCGGAUAAGUCUUUAGCGUUUCGGCAGAUCGACCCCGCGGCCGGCUUCCAAACCUACCACAACGCCUCGGGCCGUCUCUCCAUCUACGACCUCGAGAUCGACCCCGACUCCAAAUACGUCGCCGCCGUCUCGCAAGACCGCCGCGUGACCGUCUACUCCGUCGCCACCGGCAAGGUCGUGCGCGCCUACAAGCCCGAGCUGGACGACACGGGCCCGGAGGGCGGGUACAACAAGCUCUCGAUCGACCCCUCGGGCCUCUACAUCGUCACCUCGGCGCUGGACCGCGCGAUCCGGAUCGUUGAUUUCUACUCGGGGAUGUGUGUCGGGAAGGUCCCCACCGGCCACUCGGAGCUGGUGACGGAUGUGAAGUUUACGAUGGAUUGCACGCGGGUGGUCUCGACGAGCUCGGAUGGGUGCGUGUUUGUGUGGAGGGUGGCCAAUCGGCUGGUGAAUCAGAUGCUGGCGAGGCUCGGACGCGCGCCGCCGUCGCUGGCCGGGAACACCGACGAAGGCGAGAGCAGCAGCGGAGGGACCUCGCCGCUGCGGAAGACGAGCGUGGGGCAGGAUUCCGGCGAGGGAAUGGAGCGGGAAACCUCCUCGUCCAGCUUGGCCGCGUCGUGGUAUGAGGACUCGGAGUUGCCGGCGUGGGCGCGCUCGGGCAGGAGUCGGCAGUCAUCCACCACCACAACCACAACCACAACCGCAUCGGAAGCCGGCCGGUUCGUGGCCCCCAAAGGCCGCUGGGCGCAACGCGUCGGCAACGAAGGCGUCACGCUCUUCUCGGAACUGGAGGACGACGACGUGUGUGUCGCCCGCCCGGAUGAUACCUCGGAGCGACGGUACACGUUUGAUGUGCACGAGAGUCCGAACCGCGCGAUCGAGAAGAUCACGGAUGCGCCGUUUGUGGCGAGACCGAUCAUAGAGGGUGAUCAGGAGACGGUGCGACGCGCGGGGUCCGAGAAGGCGGAUUUGGUGGUUGUGGAUUUGGAGAGUGACUUUAUGAGUCGGAUCACUUCGGGGCCCGCUUCUGAGGAUGGGGAUGGGGAGGAUGGCGAGGACCCGUUUGCGGCAAGGUUCAAAGCCGCUGAUGAACCUGACGAGCCCGAAGACGCGCCGAUAUACCUCCCUAAGAAUGACGCGGAUGACCAAGCGGGGACCGGUGACUCGCACGUGGUUCAUAUCUCCCCCGCUUUGCAGAAAGGGGACCCCUCGGAGCACGAGCCGAAAAUGGAGCGGGAACCUGUUGACGAGGAGGACGAAGACGCAGACUCGGAACCGGUAUCCAUGACCGCGACGGAGCUCCACGAAGCCAGUCUCGAGCUGCAAGACCAUCCAGCCGCGCGUACCUUAUCCCCUCCCCCAUCAUCAUCAUCCUCCAUUACCACCACGCGCCAAAGCCUCUCAGCUCGACACAUUGCCGCACGCUCCAACGACCCGGUUCUCGAACACGUGGCGGAGAUUCCCCUCCCGAGCACGGCCGCCCCCUCGGAGACGGGGAGUACUGUCAGCACGCCGGCGUCGUUGAGGCAGCGCAAGGAGGCGACUGCACAUGAGGUGGAGCGGAUGAGGGUGAAGUUGGCCGCGAUGGGGAUUGUGUGGCGGAAUUCGGAGGGGGAUGGGUUGGAGGUCGAUGGGGGUGGUGGUGGUGGGGUCAGCGAGGGUAAGGUGGAAGAGGCCUCUGUGACGCCGCCAAGGGGGCAUGCUGAGUCGGUGGCUGGGGAACCGCCGAACGUGCCCUUCGAGGGUGCGGAAACGAAUGGCCAGGACUCCCGCCCCGACGUGGUGAUCGCACCCACCGACGCGAUCACCCCAGAACAAUCGGACGCGGAUACCAGCACGCCUGUGAUCGAGAAUCCCCUCCGGACCGCCACAGAAGCCGCCGAACAUGCAGCAUCGCGGAACCGGUCCCGCGAUCGGUCGCCGCACCGUUCGCGGCCGCGGAGUCCACCGCGGUCGGCUGCUGAUCGGGACGUGAUUCUGCCGAUGCUUGGGGGGACGGAGAGUAGUGGGAUUCCGGCUGAUGUGCAUGCACCAACAGGAACGUCUCCCGUCCCAUCAUCGCCCCACCGCGACACCGACGACGACACUCCACCCCUAACAACCCCCGACCUUGCAUUCUUCGAAUCAAUAGCCCACCGCGCCGUCAGAUCGCUGGCCCAGCUCGCCCAGCAUCCCACCGCCGACCCCGACAUCGCAUCCGCCACGGAUAUCGAGUCCGCGCUGAGACGUGUGCAGGGGGUUAUUGAGUCGUAUCUACAGCAUGUGCGGGAGACGGGGCAGCGGCAGGGGGAGGGCGGAGGCGAACUGAGACGGGUGCUGGAGACGUAUUCGGAGGUGCUUGUUGGGCUUGUGAGGGGGAAGUUGGGGGGAUGA